UCGCCAAACGUUGCUCGCCGCGAACAGUUCUCACCAGAGUCGUUGUGUUGUGUUUUCAUUUGCAAAUCUUCGUGUCACUUCUGAAUAGGUGCAAAUAUUAUUUCGGACACGGUUUGGUUCCAGCUCUUACUGGCCGUGGCGGUUCCGAUCGGAGGAAAAUACAAAAAGGUGAUUGACAUCGAUGGUGUGCUUUGGUUCGGGUUUUUGAGAGCUCAGUGAAGUAGAGGUUUACGUUUGAGUGGAUUUCAACGUGCAGUCCAGGCGAAGUGUGACAUCAACAUUCUACACUGAUAACGGAUACCACCAGUCGCUUUAUCACGAUAACAAUAACGGUAUCAACAACAACAGCAAUAGCAGUAACAGAGUUGUGCCAAUUGAUAAAGUGACCACUGUUUGUUGUUCAAAAGUGGGAACCAGAUAUCAGUGAGCCAAAAGGUGUGUGAAUAAACAUUUACCGGCGCGAUGGAUCCCAGUAUUCUAGCAACCAUGGACCGUGACGCACUGAAGAAGCAGAUCGAGAACAUGAAGUACCAGGCUUCGAUGGAACGGUGGCCAUUGUCAAAGAGCAUCGCAGCGAUGCGAGAGUACGUCGAGGAGAACGAGAAAAACGACCCGCUAAUCCAUGCGCCCGACAAGAAGAACAACCCCUGGGCGGAGAAGGGCAAAUGUGUCAUCAUGUAAAUACCAUCUCUCCAAACAACCGAACCACAUCCCAUACACAUUAAUAACGUAUAUCUAGAACAAACAACAAACAACCUUCUUCACCUUUACUUCCGCCGGUGGGAGGGAGGGAUGGAUGGAAGGGUUACCGAAACCGAUUUGGUAACCUGCUGGUCCAACCUUCGACUCACUUACUUACUGAAACUUACUCUACCAAAUUACUUUUAUCUCAAGAAAUCAAUCAGGAAGAAGCGGAAACAAAAAAAAACAAAAAUCCUGCUAUCCACAUUCGGUGUUGUGCUUUCAGUUUUCGUUACACGUCCGGUUUGUUUUGGUUCUUUGUUUUUCUUAGUUAGUUGGAAUGUUAUGUUUGGAAAAACGAAAAAAAAAAAUCAAAAUAAACGAAAAUACUCUUUCUGGAAGAAAUAUGAAAAUCUCAGCAUGAUCCUGUACAAAACCAAA